GGAGGUCAUGCCGAAGGGCCGCGCGCUGUAUGAGACGUUCCGCUCUCGGCAACCGGUAAUGACAACUUUUUUUUUGUUGGUUUCGUAGUCAGGAACGGCUGUUUUUGCGAGCUUCUCGUGACGCUUCCGCCCGCGUUUUAAUUGUCAGAUUUUGCCCGGUAUAGCUGUUCAGUCCUAAACUAGGCCUUCUACGCGAUCCGACAUUUUUGCUGCAAAUGCUGGCGCACCCCUGAUUGUAAGCGGAUAUGACGUCAAUCCUAGAUCACGGUUUUCGAUAAUUUGAGCGUUAUGCGGGUACCUGCUUACCUGCGACGUCAUGCCGGAGUUCAUGGCGUAUGUGUUCCAUGUUGUGCGCCAUUACAUGCGAGGGGCAAUGGAGGCUUUUUUACAGCAGAGUAAUUUAUGUCUGUCUAUACCAUGGUCUAUACCCACCUGGGUGUGGCGUGUGUGCCACUACUGGGUAUUUCGGAAUCUCGGCGAAUAUCUUUGCGGAUGACAUAAAGGUUUCAUGUGCGUCGAAUGCAAGAACCAGCAAACGGGAUUAUAUAAUGCUUGUAUGCUGACGGACAAAUCAGUGCCAGGAAGCCAACCUCUGCCCUCCUUGGUUCUUAGAACACUUUCUUUUUCGGGCUUGUAAAAGCAUUUUUGUCGCCCGUAUCGGCCAACAGAAAAUUGAAUCGCGAAUUUUUCAGGAUGGUUUCCAGUUGUCUCAUUGACACUUUGCCGAGAAUAUUUGAGAAGUUGAAUCAUUAUUAUUAACUAUCUGAUUAGGCGAACUCCGAAAACACGUGUCAUUUACUCCAAGCGAUGGUGAACAACAUUGUUUUUUUUUUUGUCUAGCUACGUGGCACAUAAUUAUUUUGAAAUUUUGGCAUAAUUUACGUGGUGGCAAAUAUCAAAGCGAGGGACUAUAACACAGCUAUCUGUGUUAUACAUAUCUGUAUCUGCGUGACACUAAUCGCGUACAAGCCAGAACUGUGUUAUAGCUAUCCGUAUCUACGUGAUACUAAUCGCGAACAAGCCAGAUCUCUCAUGAAUAUUUCUCGCACAGGCUAAACAAUAAUCGUAGCUUGCCGAAAACCCAUAAUCUAUACGUACGGUCAACGUUCCCUAUAUUUCUCGGUGCGAAAAUCGGGAAUGAGACCAUCUAGCUUCAAUAAAAAAAGAAAACAAAAAUCUUCCAGCUAUGGUACCAUCACGGAACAAUAACUUUAAAGGCCACACAUAAUAUUACGUGUUCUUGCUUCUUGCUGUUCAUGGCAAUUAAUACUGAACUUCGCGUCGUGGAUCCAAAAAUAGCCACGUAUAGGCUACUGAUGCAGAUGGUACUGUAUACCAUAUUGUGCAACAAUUGGCCUCAAUAAACUAUUUUGUUCUUUCUUUUCUUUUUCAAUCUAAAGCGACGCUAAAGUUGCGCCUCCGUGUCUUUGCAGCUGGACUUCGCUGACCUCCUGGAGAGCGGCAGGUACGCCGACGUUGAGUUCGUCGUGCGGUCCGGCCCCUACUCCGUGUCCAGGACCUUCAGGGCCCACAAACAGCUGUUGGCUAUGCGCAGUGACGUAUUUGGCGCCAUGUUUGAAGGAUCGCUCCGCGACCGGGACACCGUCCUCAUCAGGGACCUGCACCCCGAUGGCUUCCGUGGGCUUCUCGGGUACGUAUACACAGGACGGUCCGCUAUCAACAACAUCGAAGAUGCCAUCUACACAAGAGACGCGGCUAAGAAGUACCGCUUCCUAGAUCUCGCCAGCACCUGCACCGAAUAUAUUCAAAGUCACCUCGAAGCAGACGACGUGUGCACGGUGGUCGACUACUCGUUCGUGUCUUACGGUGAAGUCAGAGACGACGUGGUGGAGGAAGUGAUAUUGGACAACGCUGAAUCCGUGCUGUCGUCUGCUGCCUUCACGAUCUCCACGGAGCAGACGGUGAACUUCGUUUUGGACAGGGUGCACGGCGUUCCGACGAAGGUGGUCAUCAAGGCCGUGCUCCGUUGGGCAGGCGCGCAGUGCGGUCCCGACGUCGCCAACUGGGAAUACACCGGGACAGUCGCCGCCGCUGUGAGGAAGUUCCUCCCCAAGAUCAAGUUCCUGGCUCUGAGCGUGCGGCAGAUGACGAAAUUCAUCGCGGCCGACGCCACGUGGCACAUUCUCACGGCGGACGAGACGUGCGCCAUCUUGUGCGAGAUCAUCCAACCCGGGAGUGCGUCGCCGCGGCCUGAGUGGCUGAACCCCGAGCGUGACAUUUUCGCCAGGCCCGAAUCGACUUCGCGGGAACCCCCCCUCCGCAUUAGACGUCGCUGAGUCGGCGCCGAUUCGGUUCACCUCCGCGGCCGGGACGAUCCGGCCGGAUUCCUAAAACGUGACCACGCUGUGCCGCCGAUGCAGAGGCGAACGGGAACAUCUUCUUUCUUACUUUCUCUCUCUGCUUAUUAUAAAUAUGUAUAAAGGCGCUAUGAUGUUCCCUGUCUUUUCUAUAGUCUGUCCAUAGUCAUUUUCUGUAAUCUGUGUUUAACAGAAAAUCACCUUCCAGCGUCGUGCUCUUGUGUCAUGUUCUCAGGCGGAGAAAAAUUUCAAAUCAAGUUUUUUCCCCUUUUAUUUUAAUUCUGCGGGUUUUCCGCAGAAGUGAUUUUUCUUUUGCUUGUCUGCGCAUGCGCGCUUUCAAAUAAACGGUGAUUUAUUAAAUCCGAAGACUGCUUGUGUGCUUUCCAUUUCAACUCUGGCAACAACGCCGACAUCGACACGUCGCAGUGUCUGGUCGAGUGUUGUCGAGCCGCGACGGAUAUAUCAGAUUUUUUUUUCCUGGUUGCAAUGGGCUCGCGAGAGGCCCUUUUAAUAGACGUAUACUGCUUUCUUUGAAAGCAAGCUUUCAUUGCUACUUCUCUGGCCGCAUACCUGCAGGGUGCCGCUUGUUGCAAACGUAACACGCUGCUGUCUUGACGAAUAGCUCCGCGAAAGAGUGAGUGAGUGAGACAACUUUAUUUUGUCCACAAUAGACUCAAAUAAACUCAACGUUUUUUUUUUUUUCUUCUUCCGCGAAAGAAAAGAAAAUUGAAUGACGGGCGCAAUGCCGAACGUCGUUUCCGCAGCAAUGCAGCAGUGCGAUGCUGCAAGCAUUAUGAAACAAUUAUGAAACAAUAUUUGUGACGUGUGUUGAGCACGUUGUUAUUACAGUAAUCAAAAUCAAAUUGAGCCAUUAAAUAGUCCAAGAGAAAAAAAGGAAAAUAAGGAAAGAAAAGAACAAUGGAGGAGGAACAGAGAGGGCCUAACUCCGAUGCCGUCUAUUAAAAUACGUGUAAAAAACGCAGAAAUGUUUUUCUGAGAUGACCCCUUGACCGAUUGGAACGAGCUUUAUCAUACUUGAAAUACAAAAAAAAAAAACGUCACGCACUUCAGCACCGCCGUUAUGAUUUCGCCCACCAUUGCGGUCGUUGGGAUCUGCACUUGCACGGAAUCAACACGACAGGUAAAGAGCGUAGUUAUAUAUAACACGUAUACGCACGCGGUGGUUCAAAUUGAAUUCAUUCAAUGUCAUUACGUGAUAUCAGGACCACGAAGAAAAAAAAAACACUUUGCCGGCACAAAUUUCAAGGCACGCGAGCUCUC